AUAACUAUAGAAACAAUACGUGGAUUUAAUAAUAAGACGCCCUCCAAAUUAAAAAACAAUGUGCGUGUUAUGUAAAGCCUUCAAAAUUAAUGUUAAACAGAAGUUAGUGCUAAAUUAGAGUGUAAAAUGGUUGGCCAGCAACCACAACAACAACAGCAACAGACGUUCAAGUCAUUAUAUCGUUUUGGAUUGUUUUUCAUAGCUGGAAGCUUAGCAGCAUUUGGUUUCCAUGCGUUGACACAGACAUCGCCAUGGACACUACUCGGUUGGAGGCUGCAGUUACGGCAAUUGCAUCAUCUGCCAACAGCGCAUUAUUUGCAGACGCGUGACGAAUUCGCGGUGUAUUCCGUCGAUGAGCUAAAUGCAUUUAAAGAGUUUUAUGACAAGAGCGUCAGUGACAGUGUGGGGGCCAGUUUCAGCGAAGCCGAGCAGACUAACAUUAAGGAGGCGCUUGGUGCGUUGAGACUGGCGCAAGACAUGUACAAUGCUGGAAAGGACGAUAAAGCGACACGUUUGUUUGAGCAUGCACUCGCACUAGCACCUAAGCAUCCGGAGGUGCUAUUACGUUACGGCGAGUUUCUCGAGCACAGUCAGCGCAAUAUAGUGCUGGCAGAUCAGUACUACUUCCAGGCUUUGAGCAUUAGUCCCAGCAACUCUGAAGCAUUGGUGAAUCGUCAACGCACUGCCGACGUGGUGCAAACCUUAGACGAACGGCGUUUGCUUUCACUUGAUGAAAAACGCGAUGCUCUCUCGGCCAUACACGAGACGCAUUCGGCGCUACGCCGCGCCAAAAAGGAGGCUUACUUUCAACAUAUCUAUCACUCGGUGGGCAUAGAGGGCAACACCAUGACAUUAGCCCAAACACGUUCUGUGCUCGAAACGCGCAUGGCCGUCGACGGCAAGUCCAUAGAUGAACAUAACGAAAUUCUGGGCAUGGAUUUAGCCAUGAAAUAUAUUAACGCCAGUCUAGUACAAAAAUUAGAAAUCACACUCAAAGAUAUAUUGGAGCUGCAUCGACGUGUGCUGGGCCAUGUCGAUCCCAUCGAAGGUGGCGAGUUUCGUCGUAAUCAAGUCUAUGUUGGCGGUCAUGUGCCACCAGGACCAAAUGAUCUGGUAAUACUUAUGCAGCGCUUCGAACGUUGGCUCAACUCGGACCAUACCAACUCAUUGCAUCCAGUCAACUAUGCCGCACUUGCUCACUACAAACUAGUGCAUAUACAUCCCUUUAUAGAUGGCAAUGGGCGCACAUCGCGUCUGCUGAUGAACACACUGCUCAUGCGUGCAGGCUAUCCUCCCGUCAUCAUACCCAAGCAGCAGCGCAGCAAGUACUAUCAUUUCCUCAAGCUGGCCAAUGAGGGCGACAUACGACCGUUUAUGCGCUUUAUUGCCGAUUGCACAGAGAAGACGCUGGACUUGUAUCUCUGGGCCACCAGCGAUUUACCACAACAAAUUCCAAUGCUUAUCCAAACGGAAAGCGAAGGCGGCGAGCUAGCCAAAUUGCAGUCGCAUACUGCUCAAAGCUUCGCUGAACUCUACGAUACCAGCUCGGGCUCAGGUGCCAAUGCAGUGCCCUGACCCCUAAGUCUGCUCAAACUUCUAUGUAAAUUAUAAUUUGUACAUUCUUUGUCUACUGUUUAACUAUGUAUGUAUUGUAAAUUAUUUAUCCACAAUAUUUUGCCAGACUGUGAUCAGAUUUAAGCUAAACAAAUUUACCAAAAACAAUAACAAAAUCCUGUUAUGUAUAAAGACAAUGGUCUUAACGAACGCACAUGAUGAAGCAGAA